AUGUCGGAGCAUCAUACGGCCAGCCCUUCUCUAGGAUAUACACACUUCAACCAAUCACCAGGUAUCAGCAGUGACGAAGCUUUGGAUCUCCAUGGCCCUUUGAAGGUGUCCGGAAAUGUCGAAUCCGGACAUGACAUCAACCUAGAAGGAGAGAUUACCAUCACAGGUCGUAUUGACGCCUAUGGUCCUCUCACCAUGAAAGGCAGUAUCAAUUGCGGGAACGAGAUAAGAGCUUACGGAAACAUCUUGGUCAACGGUGACUUGGUAUCGAGUGAUAAGAUCAAAUGUUAUGGCUCACUAAAGGUUUUUGGAACACUGGAGGGCCGUCACCUCGAAAUCUAUGGAAAUCUCCUGAUAAAAGGAUAUUUGAAAUGCAAGAGCCUUGUGGUGUAUGGAUCAUUAUCGUUGAUUGGUUCUACAUCGACGUACACAAUCGAGGAGUCGGAAGAGAUCAAAGGCGCGAAAAUACUAAGAGAGCAGGAACCUGAUUGGGAUUUCUAG